GGAGUCUGAGCUGCACAUGAGCACCUGUCAUUGCCUCUAGCAAGAGCACUAAGAACUCAACACACAGUAAACCUGUGCACGUUGCUUUCUGUGGAUAUAAAAAAAAAAAGCUUUGUUUUAGUCUUUACAAUGGAUCUCUCUCUGCACACCAUUCUGCUGAUCACUGCCACAUUCUGUGUGUUUGUGGAAGAAGGAUUUGGACUACCCCUGUUCCAACCAUCAGAAACCCAGAGCUCUUCUUUAACGGCCGCAAGGGUUCGCACCAAACGCUGCUCCUGCAGUAACUGGAUGGAUAAGGAAUGCAUCUACUUUUGCCACUUGGACAUAAUCUGGGUCAACACACCUAGUAAGAUCACCCCGUAUGGCCUCGGAAGUCCUCUGUCUCGUCGCCGGCGCUCCACUGGGCGUUGUGAAUGCGCCAACCCCAAUGAUCCUACCUGUUCCACUUUCUGCCACACCAGCUCCAUGGAUCCAAGCCUAGUGGUUGUGAGUCCACUUGAUCCUGAAGUGGGCCAGGUGGAUAAAGCUGACAAAGAUCUCCUCACAUAUUUCAGACAAGUUGCCAAGGCUAAUCUCAUCGCAGCCAAGCGUACUGCUGUCUCAAGGAAAAAGCUGACCAAGACCAACAAAUCGUGAACCAGUCAGAGAAAGAUGCAGAGCGAUAAGAAACAAAGGAUCAAAAUCUUCCCAGGAGGAAAUGUCAUUCCUGGGUAAGAAGCUGAUGCCCUUGAGAGGAUCUCUUCUGCUCAAAAGUGGGGUAUGACUGGAAGGACAGUUGAGAGAAAGUUCUCUCAAAAGACACAGGAAGACCUAAGAAUGCUCAUGGAAAAAAAUACAGCUAUUAAAGAUACUGACAGUGUUAAGGGAAAAGACUUAAGGUGUUCAGGGCCACAAUUAAUACACAGAAACGUCACGGAUCAGAGAAGCAGUGGAAUGUGUGAUAGUGCCUAUUUGAAUACAAGUGUGCCUUGUGUUGUUUUACUAAAGGAAGAAUGGAGCACCUUGAACACCUGUGAAAUGGAAAGGAAGGAAUGUUAAGCCAAAAAAAAAAACAUAUGGGAGUCAUGUUUGAUAGUUUAGCACUAUCAGAUGAAAACUGUAAAUUUUAGCCUUACAAAUGAGGCACUUAUUCUUGCAAAAAAAAAAAAAAAAAGACUCUGUGCAAUACUGCUAUGUUAUGAAAGGUUGAAUAUAACAGUGAUGUGUCUGUAUACUAAGGUCUUUUUUAUCUUCUCCUUGUAGUACAUUCUGUUCUUCUCUGCAUUUUAGUUGCACUUCUCUGUAUCAGAGUUUCAUAUGAUUUCAUUUCUCUUGAAAAUGUUAAAUACCUCUAUGCAGGCCCUUGCUGUAAUUUCUUAGGAAGCCGUCAUAAACACUGAGUUUAUACUUCUGUUACUGCUGUAUGAUAACAAUGACCAAAGGUUGCUAUGCUGUCUUAUCUAAGUUUGCCAGUGGAUUCUUUGGGACACAUAUUAACUGUUUUAUGAAAUGGAUCAACCACCCAGGGCUCAUGAGGGAGUUUUUUUUUUUUUUCUUGGCCUCUUUGUGAACGCGGAAAUAUUAUUAACAUGGUUACUGUUGCGUGUUUUCAGUUACAUGUGCAAACGAGUUUCAAUGGCUCGGAGCUUGCCAACAAACUGCAGUAAUUGUUUUUUCCUGCAAUAGAACAGGCCAACUAAUGUCUUUGUAAUUUCCCAUUAUAAGAAACAAGCACUGGGUUUCAGUGGAAUGUGUUUAAUUGGGCGGCCUUUUAACUACUGCUUAUAGCUUGAUGUUUGUCUUCUGCGUGUGUAUGGCACGCAGAACGACUCACUGCUAUGUCAACAACUACUGUUUCUCCUCUGAUAUCUAGGGAAAGGCCAUUUUCAGCCUUCAGCUUGACCACAGAUACUUGAAUGUUUAGUUUCACAGCCUGCAGGGCCUAUAUCAUGUUGUAAAGUAGCAUGCCUGGAAAAAUGUUAUUUAUUUAAUUUAUUGAGCUCACUUAUUUAUAUUUUGUACCUCAUUUACAGACAGGUUUUAUCUCAAAUAAAUUAUUGGAAUUGAAA